AUGCUGGCCAUCUCUACUAUCUCUUCUUUCGCUGUACUUUCUCUUUUACUCCUUGGUGAUUUGACCAAUGCUAAACCCUAUCAUUCACCUCUUGAAAGACGGAUGACCAAACAUCGACGACGGGGUCCCGUAGAUAACUCAAUCUCACCUUCACCUCCUCCAGUCAUUCUGAUCCCUCGAGGAGAAUCCGACGAUAAUGUCGUUUGGGUCGAUAUCACGUCCACGACGACCGUCACUGCCUCUUCUACCCAAGAGACCUCGUCUUCGUCGGACUCGAACAAAGGCGACGGUGAUCCUCCCCCUGUGGUCGGUGCUGUAUUAGCAGGUCAAGAUGGUGGGAGUAAUGAGGAGCCCAACGUCGUAUAUGUCGAUGUCACUUCGACUGUCAUAAGAACCGUCCAACAUGGCGACAGUGGUGGUGCGGCCCAACCGACUCAACAACAGAACUCGCAAAAUCAACCUCCUCCUACGACUACCAUUACAGCUACGCGAUCCAAAGCUGUCCCCACGGUUGGAGCCGUCGCUAUAAGUACUGGAAAGGGAGUGACGACGACAAUUAUGGACACUGCCAGUGGAACCGCAGCGGCCAUGUCGACUGCUUCCGCCUUACCUACCAACGGUGCCAACGAGGAAGCUCAAGGUCCAUGGGUUAAAUACCAUAAUGAAGCGAGAGCAAAAUAUCAAGUUGGUGCUUUGAGAUGGCGGGCGGAUCUGGUAAAUCUCGCGAAAGAGAAAGCUGAGCUAUGUAAUAAGAAACAUACCGUCGCUGCUGAGAAUUUGCAAUGGGGAAGUGGUAUGGGUACACCUGAAAGUGCUGUAACAGGCUGGAUGAGCGAGGACAAAUUGUACAAUUGGAAUAACCCAUCUUAUUCGGACGCGACUGGUCAUUUCACUCAGGUCGUUUGGAAGAAUACCACAUCGGUCGGAUGUUGGAUCGCUGAAUGUCCUCAAGGUUCGGUAGUAGGCCCAGAAUACGAUCAAUCUUUCCAAACGGCUUGUGAAUACGAUCCGGCUGGUAACUUUGUCGGCGAGCAGAAUUUCAGAGAGAACGUACUUCCAGCUGCGUACUGA